AUGGACCGCGCCCCGCUUUUGGCGUUGUCCGCGCACCUGGCCCGGUGCGCCAGAAGCGGCAAGUGGCGCCUGGGGCUGGUGGAGCUGGCAGCAGCACUGGAGCAGGCGCUGGUGCCAGACCUGGUGGUGUGGGGUGCUGCGCUGGGCGCCUGGGAGAAAGGCUCCGCCUGGAGCAAGGCCCAGUUGGAACUGGCAGCUCUGUCCACCAGACACCUCCGCCUCAACGCCGUGUGCCUAAACUCUGGCCUCACAGCACUGGCCAGCGCAGCCUUGUGGCGCCAGGCCCUGCAUUGGCCCGCGGGCCUUGUGGCUGGCGCGGGCACUGCCAGCGCAGCUUUGACGGCGCUGGGCCGCAGCGCCCGAUGGCGCCAGGCGGCCCAACUCCUGGGAGAGACGGAGAGGUGGCGGCUGGAGGCUUCGGGGGCGCUGCGCUGCGGCAACGCCUUGGCCGCCGCCUGCGGCAGAGCCAGCCGCUGGGAGAGGGCGCUGUGUGGAGAGGCGCUCCAGUGGCGUUGGGUGGCCCCGGACGCCGUGACGCUGCGCACGGCCUUGGCGGGCGCCGUGUCGUUCGCCUGGCCACGGGCGCUGGAUGCACAGGUGCUGGCGGUGGCAGGGGUGGCUGGCGUCAACAGCGCUAUCUCUGGCUGCGCAGAGGCUGAAUGCUGGCAGGCGUCGCUGGAGCUGCUGCGCGGUCUCCAGCUUCAGCGCGCCGCCUCCGUGGUGUCCUGGGCCGCCGCGUGUGGCGCCUCCAGCGCCUGGGCCUGGAGUCUGCAGCUGCUGAGGGGCGCCCAGAAGCAGCGCCUGGACUCCGAGGCGGCGUUGGGGGCUGCGGCGCUGAAGCUGCGCUGGGCCAAAGCGCUGCACCUGCUGGGCCCGCUGGCGAAGCAGCGGCGUCUGCGGCCGGAGGUGGCCGCGAUGGACGUCGUGCUGGCAGAGUGUGGCAAAGGUAGCCUCUGGCAGCAGGCCACGGCGCUGCUGCCUCAGCAGCCCACAGCGGCGGCGGUGGCUGCGCUGGAAGGCCCACACCCGGGGAUGCCGCGGCUGCUGCGCGCUGCCAAGGCCAGCCUCGUCUCUGUCACGCCCAGGUGA